AUGGUUUUGCUUUGCUCAAGCUUCAUAAAAGAAGGGGGGCAGGGGAAUCAAUCUGAUUUAAGUCAAGUGUCCCUUAAGCCUUUCCACAGCAAAAGAUGAAACUAUUUUUUUGUUUAGCAUAGACCUUUUCUUCCUAGAUUUUCUUAAGAGACAUUAUGUAGCUAAUAGCUUGAGCUGAUUAAUGCCUUAGUGUGUCUCCUACUGUGAAUACCAGUGAGGAUCAGCUUUCAUUUAAUUAGAUGAGGUAAAGCAGAGGGCUUGGAGGGAGACGGGUAGAUAUUUAUCAGAGGGAUGGAAGCUUACGGUUUCAAAUCCUUGCUGUCACAGAACCUUUCCCAGUGGGGAUCUGCAUGCAUACCAUGCCUUUCAUAUGCUGACUAGAGGCUUUUCACCUCUUCUCACCUGGGCACUGGGGCAGUCGUAGAGUAUGGAGGAAUUGCUAAGGGAAACCUUGGCCAAAGGGUGAGUUUGGAUGAAGUGUGACCAGAUGAACAAGAGUUUUCCUCUAAAGAGAGGAACUUCUUGUAGCUGUCCUUGGCUUCCAUAGUUUGUUCUGUUUUGUGUAAGUGAAAAGCAGUGUUUGUUGGAGUGAUGUGCACCAGGAAGAACACAGUGAACCUUUAAGGGAAGUGAGCUGUAGUGACAUCUGAUAGUACAGAUGAGAUGAAUACGCAAUUCUGUCCUGUUCAAAGCUCAAUUUAUUGUCAUGGGCCACAGUUUCUAAAAACAGCUUAAUUCAGUGGGGAAGUGCUUGAGUAUUAGGUUUAGGAUCUUGAUUCUCAGAGAUAAACAACACAGGCUUUCCUAUUGAUAUUAAAAACUGCUCGUAUUUAUGUAACAAAGGAUACUGCAUGCUAUUUUGGCAGUACAAACGGAAGGUGGUUUUCUUGGCCCAGAGGAGACAGACAUUUAGUAUUAUGGUAAGAGGUGUGUAUCAAGUUCAGGAAAGAGCUAAUAAUGGAAAAAACUCUGAUUAUUUUUUUAAUCCAGUUUUAGAAGAAUGAAACGUAGUCACCACUUGGUUGAUCUCUUAUUCGUAAUUCUUGCUUCUGUGUUCUGAUGUUUGGAGUUUUAUUUGAGCAAACAUGCAAUUACAAAAAAAAUUCUCGUAGAGCAGUCCAAUGUGUGUGAUGUUCAGAAAAUGUUUAAAGCGGUGAGAUUUCAACAUCAUCAAAAUGUGUGAGGGGCAUGAUGGCGUAAAGGUUUUUCUCAGCUGUCCUGGAAGACUGAACUGUGUAGAAUCUGACCAGUGAGGUGGCUUUUUGACUAUGUAAGUCUGUUCUGUCACACACAAUUUGCAGAGCAUCUCUCUGGGAUUAGGGAGCAAUUGAUUGGGAGCGUCUCAGGGGCGCUUUGGGAGACUGCGGCGUGCUUCCUCGCCACUUUGGCUGGACUCGCGUGUCAGCCUGUGUUCGGGCAGGGCCAUGGGGCGCAGGGCAAUGCGCUGCUGCUGGAUUCGAGCCUUGUUCCCCAGCACGAUCUCUCGCCCCGCUGGCUUGGCCUUGGAGGCUAAGGGUGAGGCAGGGGCCUCCCUGUUCCCCGGGAGCGCCGGCUGCCCGCCGGGGCAGACCCCUUCUCCCGCCCCGGGGCGCGGCCGGGCCACGCAGCGAUGUCGCCGUGUGCCGGCUCCGCCGCUCGCUCUUACUCCUCGUUGUUCCCUUUUUCUCCUCGCUCCCUCCUGCCCUGGCCCCUCCUCCGGAGGGGGCCGGGGCGCUGCGGGUAGGCCCAGCUGCGGCGCCACUGGCCGGGCGGCGGGCGGAGGAGGGCCGCCUGCCCCACGCCGCUUCCUUAAGGCGCGGAGCGGGCGGCAGCGGCGCGGCCAGCGGCGGGGAGCGGCCGGUAGCGGCGAGAGCUGCAACCCUCGUAGCAGAGAUUCAAGUGGGAAACAGAGGGGGAAUCCAGAGACAAACCAGCGGGGGAAUUAGGAACUGUGACGCCGUGUCCUCUCUCCUGUGCCGGAGCAAGCAAAGGAAAGAGAGGUAGAGGAAAAAAGACUGAGCCUUGCAACCAACCGUCACCCUGACGAUGUGUCAGUCAAACACCCUGCAGGGACCAGAUCUGCACACAGGGAAAUGGUGAGAUGCUAUAAAGUUUUAUCUAACCCUCCACCCUCUUGCUACAACCUCCACAAAGUUAAAAUUCAUGUCCGGAGGCUGCGUUCAGGGAACGGCGGCAGCGGCAGCUGUGCCGGGGACCAGCACCCACAGCCGGAGAGGCCAGGCCCAGCUGGCUCUGCUGGUGGUACACCAAAUAGGAGAACUCGUUUCAGGUUGCAAUUUCCCCAGCUGGCCCUGAGGCGAAGGUUGGGCCAGCUAAGCUGUAUGUCUAGGCCUGCUCUGAAACUCCGUUCUUGGCCUCUGACUGUUCUCUAUUAUCUUCUGCCUUUUGGUGCUCUUAAACCCUUGACCAGAGUGGGAUGGAGGCCUGUGAGCAGGGUUGCUCUGUACAAAUCGGUACCAACUCGACUGCUCUCGCGAGCCUGGGGUCGCCUGAACCAGGUGGAGCUGCCUACAUGGCUCCGCAAGCCCGUUUACAGCCUGUACAUCUGGACAUUCGGAGUGAAUAUGAAGGAGGCAGCUGUUGAAGAUCUGCAUCACUAUAGAAACCUCAGCGAAUUCUUCCGCAGGAAGCUGAAGCCACAAGCGCGGCCAGUCUGCUGUGUGCACAGUGUGAUUAGUCCCUCUGAUGGAAAGAUCCUUAAUUUUGGACAGGUAAAAACCUGUGAAGUAGAGCAAGUAAAAGGGGUUACUUAUUCUCUGGAAUCUUUCCUGGGACCUCGCAUCUCCACAGAGCAACUGCAUUUUAGCCAGGCCCCAGCUGGUAACUCUUUUCAGCAACAACUAGUCACAAAGGAGGGGAAUGAGCUGUAUCACUGUGUAAUCUACCUUGCACCAGGGGAUUAUCACUGCUUCCACUCACCCACAGACUGGAGAGUGGCACACCGACGUCACUUCCCAGGCUCUCUGAUGUCGGUGAAUCCUGGAGUUGCCCGCUGGAUCAAGGAACUGUUCUGCCACAAUGAACGGGUUGUCCUUACAGGUGACUGGAAAUACGGCUUUUUCUCUUUAACAGCCGUGGGUGCCACAAAUGUGGGCUCUAUCCGCAUCUACUUUGACCAGGAUUUGCAUACCAACAGUCCAUGUUACUCUAAAGGUUCCUACAAUGACUUCAGCUUCAUAACCAACAACAACAAGGAGGGGAUCCCCAUGAGGAAGGGGGAACAUUUAGGGGAAUUUAACUUAGGCUCCACGAUCGUACUGAUCUUCGAGGCACCCAAGGACUUCAAAUUCCACCUCAAAGCCGGACAGAAGAUCCGCUUUGGAGAAGCGCUGGGCUCUCUAUAGAAACUCUCUCAGCAAGAAGGUUUUCUAUAGGAAGGAAUGCGUAGCACACCACUGAGUGUUUCACUGACAUAUGUAUCACUCAGCAGGACCUGGGUGAGGAACACAGAUGUCACUGCUGUGUUAAACUGGAGAGUACUGGGUCUACAUUUACAUGCUGCUGAAUGCAGAAAGAGACCUGAAUGACCAUAGACGUAUCAGGGACAGCUGCCUUGUAAAGAUGGUGACAGUGGACGGAGGUUUCUGUCCCACCCUGUGCCUGUAGUCUUUCAUGUUCUCCCCUCAAUGUGCCACAGGAUAAUUAUGUUGUUAAGGCAUCUUAAGUCCCUUUUAAGCCUUCCUAGGCUGUGCAGGUGCAAUGGGGAAGGGUGGAGGUGGAGAUUAGCUGAAUUUAAAGGGACAGGGACAGGCUGAGUCAGACCUUUACUAAAGAAUGUGUUCCUGUAUUUAUUUUGUUCUACAACACUCAAGCAGACGUUCCUGUAUAAAGGCAGCCUGUGAAUGCAUAGAUUGCCAGUUAAAGGGGCUAGUAUGGCUUCACAGCCCCAACUAAGCAAAAUGUACAACAGACAGCAUUCAUACAAUAAAUUACUCAUCCAGGUUUUCUACUGUUAGACAAUUUAAAUUUUUACCUGACAUUAUCCCUUUAAAAAUGGACUGCACUGUAUUUUAAACUUGACAACACUGUGUCUACAUUCCACAUGAUGAAACUGGUUAUCGAGGGAUUUUCUUUUAAAGAAGAAGAAAAAAAAAAAAAAAGGCAAAGCUGUGUCUCCUAUUCCUAACCCAUGGUUUCAUUUUGCUAUUCUGGCCUUAAAGAUUUUGUUUGUAUGAGAGACAGUUACUUCACCUCUUGAAUUAAGGGGUUAGAAGACAUAGGGGCUGGUUUUCUUCUGGGAUGCAAUGGGAUGGCAGCCAAAAUAGGUUUUUGCUUUCUGCUAUGUAUCUUCAAUGUUGUUUUGUCACUAAGUUCUUGAAGAAUUAAUUCUUCUACUUACAGAACAGUUUCAGAUACUUCAGGAUCAUUUUUUAUUGCAUGGAGGGAAAUGCCCUGUGCAUUGACUGUGUAUAAAAAAUAUUACGGAUCUUUCAAGCAAUCCCAGGUUGCCUCCCAGGUGCCAACCUCGCCCUCCUAUAAUGGAUUGGCAACAAUUUCAUCUUAUUCAAAAUAUAUAAACAGCACGACAGCCCUGACUUCUGCCCUCAUACUUACCAGGGGCUGAAAGCUCUAUGCUGAAGCUUCAUCCUACCGUAAAACUUCAGAGCCUCUUUGUAACUUCAUGUCAAGAAGAGUUAAAAAUCUUAACACCUUGGAUCUGUUGAAUAUGGCACUGAUAGAAACUGGUACCAAAGUGAAGAAGAGGAAUUGAGUUUUAAGGCAAUGUAUCAAUUGUUUUUAGAGAAUAAACUUUUUCAAGUCCAGGUACUCAAACAUUUAGAACUGACUUGGCUGUCCAGAGUUUAUGAAACCUGCCUUUCUGCUCUUUGAAAGAUUUCACGUAUUACUUCCUUGCUUGAGCUACGUUUCUGCUGCUUGAAGGAGAUGGUAGGCUUUGACCAGCUCCAGUUUCCUAAAGAAAAACUUUUCUUUGUAUGCACUGCAGAAAAUAGAAUAUAAUUUUGUUGUACAAAUGUCUGGUUUGCCAAGUCCUGUAUGCUUAGCUUGUCAUCAGGAAAGAAGGGAUGAUAAACUGCCUCAAAAGUGAUGUAGCCCAGCCAUGACACAGAUGAUGGUGGCUGUUUGGGUGACAAGCAGGAGAAAAUUCAUUUGGCUCUGAGAGUCAAUGUUUCCUCACUUUACACAGGGGGGAGUUUGAAAGCUUGAAGUGGCUCUCAGCCACCUAUCUUGUUACGCUUCUUGGCAUUAGCAAGGUUCCUCCUGCAGCAGUAUAUUACCAUCUACAUGUUAUAGAAAUGUGCAUUUUUUAAACCACUGAAAGUGAGAAAAGACUAAGGCAAACAUCAACCCCAAGAGGAUAAAGCUGUGACUGGCCUUCAGUGGCACUUUAACAGUAGAAAGCAAAUUUGUUCUAGUGGAUGAGAGAACAGACAACUGGAUCUUUUCCCCCUUUGCCACUGGGCACCUAUGACAUCCAGACACAGCCAAAGCAAUUUAAGCUUUAAUUUCUUCCUACUCAGCAUCAUCAUCCACAGUAUCUGAAGAUUCCUGUUAGCGUAGUAACAGAGGACUGGUUACCUGAUGUUUGCUUUACUAGAAAUCUGAGAAGGGGAGGAUUCAGCGUGCAAGUGGCUUUUUUUGUGAUGGUCUUAAUACUGUGCAGAGCUAGCUAAUUAACAAAUAUUACUUGUUACGCAGUUGUCAGCAACGCACCCUGGAAGUGAAAGCAAAGUUCCUAGCAGGUACUGAUAAUGCUGUGAAUUUCUCCUGCACGGAGAAUCCAUUUAAUUCAACUGUAUCAGUAGCACGGUAUUUUUGUAUGUCAACGUGUAUGACUUACUGACAUGAACUCAUUUAAUUGCAAACAUUUUGAAAUAAAGAGUCUUAUCAGUGUUGCUUAUCUUU